AUGGCUACUCUAAAGCAAACCAACAACAAAGAAAACAAAAGCAGCAGCACCACCAAGGCAACGAGAGGCCGCCAGAAGAUUCAGAUAAAGAAACUUGAAGACGAAAGCAGCCGCCAAGUCACUUUCUCAAAGCGCCGCAAUGGUUUGUUCAAGAAAGCCAGUGAGCUUUGCGUUUUGUGUGGUGCAAACAUUGGCAUCAUCGUCUUCUCUCCCAAAGGAAAACCUUUUUGCUUUGGUCACCCCAAUGUUGAAACUAUAGUGGAUCGUUAUCUUAGUGGAAACCCUGCUAUGCAUGACCAGGAGGAUGGUUCAGCAACAACCGGCGCUACCCCAAGUUUUGAAGAGUUCAAUGAGGAGUGCCGGGAGGCAUUGGAGAAGCUACAGGAAGAGAAGAAGCGAACUAAAGAGAUUGAAGAAGAGAAAGAAGAGAAGAAAAACAAGGGAGAGUUUUGGUGGGAUGAGCCUAUUGAUGAUAUGGGGUUAGAGGAACUUGAGGCGUACGUUAAAGCCAUGGAGGAGUUGAGGAAUAACGUGGCUAAGAGGGCUAAUGAAUUGAUGGGAGAUGUUUUCGCUUCGGCUACCGUGGCUAAUGCUGAUGGUUUGGGGCAUCGUUUCGCCGAUCAAAAUGGUGGUUUUGGCUCUGGUGGUGGUUAUGGUGAUUUUGGUCUUGGAGGUGAUGGUUUUAAUUUUGGUCAUGGUCCUGGCUUACAUUUUGGAGGUGGGGGACAAUUUUGA